CGCUGAGUUGACAAGAGUUCAGUCCGAGCUUUCGUGUUGUGAAAUGGUUAGUGUUAGUAUGGCAUGGUGGUCUGAACUGUGAAAUUCGACAUUUCGUGAACAGGUGGAUAUAUUUUUUAUGAACACUUGUUUGAAGUUCUAACUGAAUGUGAUUAUUACCACAUACCAAUGCGUUCCAGUGUUCUGAAAUAUAUCUGUAAUCCGUGUUUUCCUGAUGCAUCGUUGUUUGAAGGAACUUGAAUACGUAUCGCUUAGUGUCAUGCAUUGUGGCGCGAAUUUAUUUGGAUCUCUUAGUAGUAUCCUAUUAGAAGACAUUAACCAUGUACGUUCCAGUGGUUUUGCCAUUCAGAAAGUGGGAGACGGGACACUGUAAACGAUUGUGUGGAAGUGAAGCGUACUAUAGUGGGAAUUGCGAUUGUGGAUGUCCGUGCAGAAGUGAUUCUUGUCAUCACCGUGGAUAUGUGAACAAUUCGUACAGAAGGAAUAAAACUGAAUUUAGUACAUUUUUAGUGAUUAUCAGCUUUAUCCUAGCAACGCAUAUUGCCAUGACGACGGCCAACAUCAUGGGAGACGAAUGCGAUUGGUUCGGAAGUGGAUUAUCAACAUCAGCUUCCGAUGGACAAAGACGAGGGGUCACUCCUGUCUACCUACGAUGUUCUCAAGGGCAUUUGGAGUGGGUGUACCCUCGCGGGGCCCUCCGGGUGCUCGUCAGACUUGGAGCAUCAGGGAGAGACUUCCGGGGAUGUGUGAAAGUGGGGUCCAACUUCGGGGGAGCACGAAUAUUUCUAGAAGGACCGAGAUCAUUAGUUCCACUUUUCUCCGCGGAAGACGGAGCGCCCGUGCAGCUGGUGAGGUGUUUCCAUAGUCGAGGCGGCCAGGCUGCUCUGUAUGUAGAAGCGGCUACCUCCAAAACCGACUUCACGAAGGAGGUGGCCUCUCUGACCUAUGACCUAGAGGCGUUACCAAGAGGAGCUGCUGCUUAUGACCCGUCUGAAGAAUGUCGGCCUUGUACUAAAGAAGAGAUGGCCCAUGCGUUCUGCACCAGCGAUUUAGUUGCCCGAGGUAUCAUUAGAAGCAUUGAAAACAAGGAGGAACUUGAGGUAUCCCAACUGACUGUAAAACUGACGAAGUUGUUGAGACAGUCAACAGAAGACAACGUGUCCUUCUCAUCUACAUCUGUUGAUGACUCAAACAGUGUUGUGAUGGGUAAUAGUGAUGAAGAAGUGUUCCUCAAUGUCGCUCUUCACUGUGGUGCAAGACGUGGUACAGGGGAAUUUGUUUUCAUGGCAAGACGAAAACUAGGCGAUUUAGCUCUGUCAUGUGCACCGAGAUUGGAGGAUUGGGUGAACAUUGUUCGAAAGAUAAAUAAAGAAGGCACCGCACAUUGUGUGUUGAAAAGUUAGCAAGAUAUUGAAAUGUUACAUGUUGAGAAGUUGUGGACAUCAGUGUAUACAAGAUGGAACAUUAAAAUUUCCUAUUAAAGGAAAUUCAUGAAGUUGUGAACUGUGUAUAUAAAGUGUAGUUGUAUGGAAAGUUACAAGCAGUAUAUUGAUUGUCAUUAUGUUCUUACUUCAUGAUAAUCACUGGUGACAGUACAUAAACAUAACAAAACAAUAUUGUUGUGGAAAUUGUACAAACUCUCAAAGCUGUCUCCUAGCAUUGUGACUGUUAUGCCAGAACUAAUACAUCGAAGCAUGUGGUAUAAUUAUUAUUUCGUAACUGAGUUCUUUAAAAAAGAACUGUAUGUGAUCUUUGUUGGUCAGUUCAUUAUAAUCUUUCACUUAGAUAUGCUGGUACUGAUUGUUCUGCAGCUUUCGUUCACAUUUCAUAAUGACUUUCAGCUUCCAAAUUGAAACGCCACUUCCUGCUAAUGGGUACGUUAUGAAGUGUCAAAUUAUUUACUCCUUUUUCAGUUUUUGUGUUAAGUCUGAAGUCUUUAACGAUUGCAUAAUUAAUAGCGAAAGUGAAUAUACAUUAUUAGGUUGCAUUAUUAAAUUAUUUCAAAUUGCAUCCCAAUUGGUGCACACGAAUAUGCCUCGCUGUGAAAGUGGAACAUGAAAUGAUAGAAAAGGCACAGCAGGGGUUUCUGAAACAUUUGAAAUGGGUCACUGAAAUUGGUGAGGGGUUAGAGAAGGAAAUUUAGGCCCAAUUUAACGCCUUUCCAUCUCUGUAUAUCCGGCCAUACCCCUACUAACUGCAGACGAAAAAAAGACACUAUGGUGUUGGAAAAUACAACAACUCAAUGUGUUGUUUCUGUAUGCAGACUGCUAGAAGAGCUGUCAAAGACUGUUAAGGAGAAAAGAUGUAAGACCCAGCAGGUGAUCAUAAUAUUAUUGCAGAUUUAUAGGUAGCGGCAGAAGGCUGCUAAUCACCAAGCUACAAAUAAGGUGAAUUGAUGAAAAGAAGCAAUGAUACAUUACACAGGCUUUAGAAGAAAGUGGUACGAAUUCUGUAUAUGUGAUGAUGAGGCCAAGUACAGUGUAAAUUCACAGUCUGUUACGAAUUUGGGCUCAUUUAAGAAAAAGUUUCUGAAACAGAUAUGGAUUUUGAACAUAAUCCAGUUCUAAAGCCAUAGCCACUAUAUUAAUGAGUUAUUAAUGAGAAUUUUUCCCCACUUUAUGGUAUUUACAGGCAUGCACAUAUGUAAAUGUCUUGGCUGACAGUAUGUAUAAAUACAGAGUUAGACGAAUUAUACAGAAGCAGAAUAAUAUACUCCCUGAAUGUAGGAAUAUAUCUUAAAAGACUGGUUACUUUUAAAUAAAAAAUAAUGGAAUGAUUGUACCAUCGGCAGUACGUGAACAUAAUUUUUUUUAAGUCUAGAAGUACUAGCUUUAAUUCCUUCAGUGUCAAGUCAUUAGUUUGUUGGAACUGAUCUUUCCUAGGGGGUACUGCAGGUUUAAAAACUCGCUGAACAUUUCUGCUUUAUUGAAAAAUUCCCUUCAAGAGUUUCUUUUGUUAAUUAUGUAGUUCAUUUAAAAUGCCAAUAGAUGUCACAUUCUUCCAGAUACAGCAGAUGUAUAGGUCAGAGUACUUGACACUUGGCACUUAUAGGGUUAAAACGAAGUAAAGUAUUUGGCACAAUUUUUGUUGUGGGUGGGUGUUUUUGGAGCUCCAGAGUUCUGAAAUAUAUACAUAUAUGUCCAAAAUUAGAAAAGAUAUGAUAAUGUGCAAUAAUUGUAUAAAUUGCUGACAUAGCUGAUGGUUGUCAAAAUAUUAUAUUUUGUGUUAAUAUAGCUAAUUGGAGGUCAAAGAAGUACAAAUAUUUUUUCUCUCUGCUGUUCCUAACGUUAGCUUGCAAUGUUUUCUUCCAUGCUGUACACUAAACUUUGUUUGAUUAUUUAUCCAUAUAAAUAUUUAAAUGUUGUAGCCUUACCUAUAUUUUUAAGCAGCUUAGCUUAGCUUUUCAGUAUGCAGUGCCCUGCUUAAUAUGUUAUACUGUACCAAACCAAAUUGACCUCAAAUGUUUUAAGUUAUUAUAUCAUUUAAGUAUAAAUUGCAGGAAUUUAGUGGCUUCCAUGAUUUUGACAUAGGAAAAUUUCAUGUUUAUGCUUUUUGUAAGAAGACUAAAAAAAAGUAACCAAAUAAAUCUGUACAAAUAUUAUAUUUCUGGACAUCAUCCAUCGUCCUGUCCAAAAACAUAAUAUUUAUACUAAUGUACCAUCAUCACAAGCUUUUAGAUCUCAAAUUUUUUGUCUAAAACUGAAAAAGUGAAAUUCAUAAGCAUUUAAAAUUAAUUGAAAUGCAUAAUCUUUCAAUGAAAACUAAAGUGAAGAAGAAUAAAGGAGUAUAAAAAGCUUUUUAUUAUUAUUAUUAUUAUUAUGAUGCAAUAAGUCGCACAACCAAUCUGCCAUAUGCAGGGGGGGGGGAUCUGUGUGAGAAUGUAGCACGUAUAUUUCUCUUGGGGUUCUGUAAGAUUUUUUUUACCAGUAUAUCUUUUUAGUAAUAUGCUUGUAAAUGUGUUCAGAAAUUCAGGUUUUACAAGAUAGCAGGGCUCGUGAAUAUGGUCCCAAGACAGAAUUAAGCUUUGUGUAAAGAUUAAUGAUAUUUAAAGCAAUGCCAUUCGUUUUAUGCUUUUUCCUGUAACAUAAUCCAUUUUCUCUUGUAUAUAUUAAAAAAAAUAAUGUUUAAAACCAGCUAUGUCACUGCUACAGUAUUUUUCUAAAUUAUUUUAUUUAAUUGACUAAUAAAUUAACAAUUAUUCAGAUACAAUAUGUCUUCCUUGUGAAUUCAUUGUGCCAAAACGUCUAAUUUCAAAAUGUAGGCCUACAUUUUUAUGCUCUGUACCCCUCAAAAUUGUUCAUAUUCCGUUACUAUGUGUUCUUUCAUUUACUGCUUACUCAUUUUUCUCUCUCUUUUUUUUUUAUAAUUCCUUUAUUUCUUAACUGAAACUAAACAUUUUCUAAAGUUUUGUCGGAGCUUAUUAAUACCUCUCAUUGGUACUGUUUACAAUCCCAUUAUUAUGUCACUCAACAUCAUGUGGCAAGCUUGUAAUUUUGUAUAAUUUUGCUGUACAUAUUUUGAAAGCAUAAUUGCUAACUCUGCGAGAUGUGUCCCUGAGUGCUGAUAAUCUUUGUCUUUUGUGCCAUUAUUUCUUAAUGACAUAUUGUGAACAUGUAUUAUUUUUUCUCUACGAAGGAACUGUAGUCAUAUAAACAAAGGAUCUCAAAAAAUUGUAAUCAUACAUUUUAAAAGUGCUUAGAACAUAAAUAAAUAUAUAUAUAAAACCUAGUUACUGUUGAAUUGAAGAGAUUUUAGCUAGAAAUUUAAUGUGUUUUGGAGGAAGAUACUUCUGAACGAAUUUGUAAGAAAAAAUUAAAAUAUUUGGAUCUUCAUAAUUAAAAAGAGUUUUGUAUUGUUUGUUUUUGUGUCUAAAGAUAUGUAUUUUUGGAUAUCCAUUGCUGGGGAGGUGCUAGACUUUGUGGUGGAUCUUUAAGCAGUAAAAGUAACUUUAUAUGCUCUGGAGUAAAAUUUUAUAAAUCUUAGAAACCCUGUUUUUAAGUACAUAACCUGAUAUUCUUUUGUUUAUGUUACUAGUAUUUCAGUGCAGAAAACAAUUUCCUUUCUCGAUUUUUAAUAUUAUUAUUCUCUGUUAACUAGGCUUAAUACAGAUACAACUAAACUGAAUUUGUAUUUAGUUUACAGUUCAUGAAAACACAUUAAACGUUUUCAGGGUUUCCUUCAGUGAUGUUAGACAAAAUGGCCAGGAUCAGUAUACUGUCAUUGUAGUAAUGGCACAGGUUUUGUUUUUUGCAUUUACUAAAAUAAAGCUUAAAUAAAUGGCAUUUAAUUUGGUGUAGAUAAGUUACUUGCUUCUGAAUGUACAGAAACUAAUUCUGCCAUUUUGUUCUAGACAAGAUACGACUGUAAUUUGUUUUCUGUAGAAAUCAGAAGACUGUGAUACAACAAAAAGUCACUGCAUGUGACAGAUAUAUCAGAAUAAAUCUUCAUUUUCUUUAAGACAUA